AUACUGGGCUAGAUGGACCUUGGUCUGACCCGUUCUUAUGUUCACUAUACACAUUGUUCCAGCGCCCCUGCCAAACAAUUUUUUUUUUCAAAAUCUCAUUAUUUUGGGGGCCUGACUCAUGACUGUUGAAUGCUUGAGGCUGGCAAUACCUCAACUGAAAGAUACUAAUUAUGUAAAAACAACGAGGAGUCCUUGUGGCACCUUAGAGACUAACAAAUUUAUUUGGGCAUAAGCUUUCGUGGGCUAAAACUGAUGAAGUGGGUUUUAGUCCUCAAAAGCUUAUGCCCAAAUAGAUUUGUUAGUCUCUAAGGUGCCACAAGGACUCCUCGUUGUUUUUGCUGGUACAGACUAACACGGCUACCGCCCUGAAACUAAUUAUGUAGAGAUACCAGUCAUUUUCAUUAGUGAAGUUUGAGAAACAAGAAUUUGGCAAUGUUUGCAUAAUUUUCAACAAAAAAAGUGACUCUGACUGAUUUGUGCACUUUACAGCAGGAAGUAAUAAACUGACCAUAAAAACCAAAAGCAAGGUAAAAAUUGCUGUCUCCAUUUAAAAAUUAUUCUUAUAAAUGCAAAUCCUGCCCUUCUAAUAAGGAACAAAUCAAUUAGAGACUAGAAAUAGUUAUUUGGAAAUAUAUUCCUACAAAAGGAGUUUUCUUAUCAUAACUUUUCUGACACAUGUGGCCAAACAUAUGUCUGAAAGCCCAAGAGUAAUCAGGAUAAUCUGGUAAAAAUAAUUUUAUUAAUGUAUUUGUUAAUUUGUAAAUUUGUCAAUUUAAUAUGUUUGUUAAAACAAGAAUGGCCCACAUUCUCUCUGAGGCACACCAAUGUGUAUAAUAAAUAAUAAAGUUUAUUUUAAAUACCAUGGAAAUUUAAUUUUGCAUUUUCCACCCUACCAUGUAUUUCAUAUGUAUAUCUGAAAAUAUAUACUUGUAAUAACAUGUUGUUGAUGUACAAAUUAUGUACUCUCAUUAUUUUUCUAUGUAUAACAAAUGUGACUAAUUAUGACCGAGUAGAGAGAGAGGUAAAGGCUGUGGAUGCCUUUCCUAUCCUUGAAAGGUCUCUGUUGGCUAACAUGGUGCUGUCCAGAUAAAUUAAUUUUUCUACUUUCUUGAUAUUUUUGCCUUACUGCUUGAUGUCUGGGUUUCAAGGAUAUUUGUUUUAGCAUAAUGAAUUUGAUCCCCAUUUGGCCUGUUAUUUUUGCCAAGUUGUCUGUCUUUGUAAAUUUCUGAUGGUGUUGCUCAGUAGCGCAGUAUCAUUAGUAAAGUCUAUGUCUUCUAGGCAUUUGACAUCUACCCAUGUUAUACUGGUGUAUGUGUUGCUAACACACUUCUUCAUUAUCCAGUUUAUGGUAAUGCCAAGCUAUAGUGGAGAUAAAAUGCAGCCCUGUAUCAUGCCAGUGUCCACACUGAAAACUCUGUUGUCUGGUUGUUAAUUUUUAUAGAGCACUUUGCGUUUGUAUGCAUUGCCUUGAUUAUGUUGACGACUUUAGCUGGGGAACUAUAGAAGGAAGAAUAUUCCACGAUGUAUGUCUGUGUAGGCUGUCAAAUGUCUUUGGAAAAUCAAUUACAUUGAUGAAGAGGGGAGCUUGACAUUCUAUACAUUUUUGUAUGAUGGUUCUUAAUAUGGAUAUCUAAUCUGCACAGGAUCUCUUGGGCUAAAUCCAACCUGUUCUUCUCUAAGCUUUACAUCCCCUACCUCUUUCAUCCUGUGUGGUAUCACACUGCAGAAGGCUCAAGAACAUAUGGAAAUCAAAGCUAUACAGCACCAGAAAAAAAACUGAGAAUUUUCAAUUCAAAUGUAAUCUCAGUGCUAACGUACGUCUGUGAGAACUGGAGAUCUACUCAAACGUAUAAAACUAGAUGCCUUUGCAAAUAAGUGCCUAUCAAAGAUUCUGGGCAUUGGUUGGAAAGAGUUCAUCACCAACUAAUUGCUCAGAGAAGUCACUUCACCAACCAGUAGCUCAUUUCCACUAGAAUCAGAAUGGGGCACUGGACAUUUUUGGGUCAUGUAAUCCGGAUGCCAACACAGACUCACACAUGAAGGUGUCAAGUGGAAACCAACUGGUGUGAGAAAUGACGACACAUAAGAGAAACCUUAAGAAGAAACCUUAGCAGGGAAGACAGAAUAGUCAAUCUCUAUACCAUAGAGCAAAUGGAAGGAAGCCUCAGUAAAUGGCAGAGGAAUGGUUUCUGCAUUGUGUGCCAACGUUGGCAUGGGAUGGAUGUUAAAAAAAAAAAAAAAGAGCGAGAGCUUGAGUAUAAUAUUGCUGCUGCUGCUGUACACAGUCAAAAAUACAGUAUAGUCUUAGCAUAUGGAGCAGAAUGUGUAUUAUAAUGAACAUUAAGAAAAGGACUCAGGACCAUAUUCACUAUGAUUCUUUUUUAGAGUGAGUUGCUGAAUGUUGAAGGAAGAAAGAGAGUUCCUAGCAGUCUUCAAGUAUGUGAAUUUAUUUGCUAGAAACAUAAAACUAACAUCCACAAAGUUCCCUAUCUAGCUCAGAGACAAGGGAUAGAAAGUGUGUUAGUUGUUUGUUAAAUGCUGUAAUACGAGUCUCUGCAGAGCACACAGGAAGCAGGUGAAUGAUGCUGUAUGAGAGUCUUACAUAUUCAGACUAAAGAUUUGAUGAAAUGCUCCUAUUAUGAUUCUGAAAUCCAUGGAGCAGGGAAGGUGGUUACCUGAUCCUCCUCUCUGUCCGAAGCUCAUUGUUGCAGCUUUUCAUAUCUCAAUAUUCAGCCUUCCUGUAAAGGUAACUUAAGAGGAAAGAGCAAUGGGACAAGAAUCAGGAUUCAGAAACAGAAAUGGGCAAUAAACAAACCAUUUUCACUCCAGAGCAGCUGGAUGCGUAUCAGGACUGCACAUUCUUUACAAGGAAAGAAAUUCUGAGGGGAAAAGGUUUGCGCAUUUCAAAGGCAGGACUGUUUUACAGAUACCGAGACCUGGCCCCACAGCUGGUCCCACUCAGCUAUAUAAAUAAACCAGAUGUGAAGCUUCCCUAUGAACUUAUUGGCAGCAUGGCAGAGCUGAAGGACAAUCCAUUCCGUCAACGGAUAGCAGAGGUUUUCUCAGAGGAUGGAGAGGGCAACAUGACUUUAGAUGACUUUUUGGACAUGUUUUCAGUCCUGAGUGAAAUGGCUCCCAGAGACCUCAAAGCUUAUUAUGCCUUUAAAAUUUAUGAUUUUAACAAUGAUGAUUACAUAUGCAAAUCAGACUUGGAGAAAACUGUUAACAAACUGACCCGAAAUGAACUUACCCCAGAGGAGGUUUCUCUUGUAUGUGACAAGGUGAUUGAUGAAGCUGAUCAAGACAAUGAUGGCAAACUCUCUGUGGAAGAUUUUCAGCACAUGAUAGUACGAGCUCCUGAUUUCCUCAGUACAUUUCACAUUCGAAUCUGAAUCUGGUGAAAGAGAGAGAGAGACGAGAACUGCGUCUUGAGUCUUCAAUAUGUCAUUACCAUCAGCUUUCAGAAUUAUUUUGCUUGGGGUUCUGUUCAUAUGAGAGAGAGAGAGAGAGAGAGAGAGAGAGAGAGAGAGGACCAAAGAAGGAUUUUCAGACACUGAAGAGCAAGUCUUGUUUUGUCUCAUUU